UGAUCCUGACUACACUUGUUAAGCCCUCCUCGUGCCCCCUUUCUCUCCCUCUCUUCCUCAUGAUAAAGGAAACAAGAAAGGAGAGAGAAAAUGUCUUCUCUGCUUCCCUUGUAUUCUUUAUCAUCCAUCCCUACGCCCCUCCCUUCUCCUUUCUCUCGGAGUUCGACCUCCAUUUUCUUGCCCCGCCCUCGCAUCCCUGCCUUCCGAAACGGCAUCAAAUGUGCUUGGGAGGAGCCGUUGAAGUAUAAUAACGGCAAGCCCUGCAUUCCAAUUCCUGGCACUGAAAAACCUACUCCGGGUCGUUUGGCUUCCGACACGGCUCAUUUGGAAGAUGAGCUUGACAGGAAUAACACUAGGCUCCAGAUCUUUUCCGGCACGGCCAAUCCCGCACUUUCUCAGGAAAUUGCAUGCUACAUGGGUCUGGAGCUUGGAAAAAUAAAGAUAAAACGUUUUGCCGAUGGUGAGAUAUAUGUUCAGUUGCAAGAGAGUGUCAGAGGGUGUGAUGUUUAUCUUGUGCAACCCACAUGUCCUCCUGCAAAUGAAAAUCUUAUGGAACUUCUGAUCAUGAUUGAUGCUUGUCGAAGGGCAUCAGCCAAGAAUAUUACUGCAGUGAUUCCAUAUUUUGGAUAUGCCAGGGCUGAUAGAAAGUCUCAAGGGCGUGAAUCAAUUGCGGCCAAACUUGUAGCAAAUUUGAUCACGGAAUCAGGUGCAAACCGUGUUCUUGCUUGUGAUCUCCAUUCAGGGCAGUCCAUGGGCUAUUUUGAUAUUCCAGUGGAUCAUGUAUAUGGUCAGCCUGUGAUUCUUGAUUACCUUGCCAGCAAGUCUUUAUGUUUUGAUGAUCUGGUCGUGGUCUCACCAGAUGUUGGUGGUGUUGCUAGAGCCCGUGCUUUUGCCAAGAAGUUAUCUGAUGCACCUCUUGCCAUUGUAGAUAAAAGGCGUCAUGGACAUAAUGUGGCAGCGGUGAUGAAUCUGAUAGGUGAUGUGAAGGGGAAAGUAGCAGUAAUGGUGGAUGACAUGAUCGACACAGCUGGGACUAUUUCCAAAGGCGCGUCUCUUUUGCACCAAGAGGGGGCAAGGGAAGUCUAUGCAUGCAGUACACAUGCUGUUUUUAGUCCUCCUGCGAUUGAGACAUUAUCAAGUGGUUUGUUUCAAGAGGUAAUCGUAACAAAUACCAUUCCAGUGUCGGAGCAGAACUAUUUUCCUCAGCUAACAGUAUUGUCAAUUGCAAACCUCCUUGGGGAGACCAUAUGGCGUGUUCAUGAUGACUGCUCUGGUGAAUUUGAAUGCUAUUCCAGCUUGGGUAUUGACUGACGAUUUACACCGGAUGUUGUGCACGUUUCCCUGCUUCCAUUUCUGUCACUGGCUGCCUUGUUGUAUAAUGGAAUUGAUAGUAAAACCAAAAUAUAUCUUCUUUUCAGCGUGUUUUCAAAGCCUUGUACAGUAAGCGGUUUACGGAUAGAUUCUUUCCAUUAGGUUGAAUGUUAAGUUUUUUGCAGGCCUUCAUAGCUUCAAACCCUACUAUAAAAUCAUUGUAUUCAUAUAAUAGAUAAUGCAUUGUAUUCGUAUAAUAGAUAAUUCAAUGAAUUUUGUUUGAUU